CCCGUCAUAUGUAAAGCACCAGUGACACAGUGACAGCAAGAUCACGACAGUCACCAAGCAAAGUUCAUGUCGGUAAAUAUCGGUCAUUGUCCCCAGUGAGCCUUGAUGACCUAGACAAUUUCCAUAUUCACCCAAAGUAAUAUGUCGUACGAGGGAUCUGACGGACCGCCUGAAUCCGGGAUACCAAAUAGAAAGGCAAGGGGACCAAACAAAAAAGCCAAAAGACUGUUGGAUGAAGAGAACAAUCCCUGUCUUUCGGAGGCCAAUGCGUCGUAUAAAUGUCUUCGUGAUACUAACUAUGAGAGAGAUCUAUGUUAUCAUGAGUUUGUAACUUAUAAAAAUUGUAAAAAAUUCUGGAACAAUGUAAUGAUAAAUCGUCGGCGAAAAGGAAUCAAACCACCACUUCCACCACCAGAAGAUAGAGAUCAAAUCAGAAACGGAAUUGAUUAUAAUAAUCAAUAAUAUUCAAAAUCCAUCAUGUAUUCAAUGUAAUUGACAAUAGAGUUUGGGGGUCAUAGGUCAAGCGAUACAAGUUUUAUUGUACAGUUAUAAGAAUUCGUGAAAAUAUUUUUCAUAAUAAAAAUCAAAGGUAGCAA